UACUCUAACUUUUUCCCCGCCUUCACUCACUCCCAUCUUCACCCCUAUCCAUUUUUCUCUCUGAACUUAUCCUUUUUCAUUGCAGAGCUUCAAACACAUUCCUGUUGAAUGGACCAUUGUCUCUCUCUCCACAAAUCCUUCCCUCUCAAAUCUCUUCCUUCUUCUACUCCCAAAUCCAACCCCUUCCGCUCUUCUGAUUUUGCUCUUUCUUUCUUCCGGAAGCCGCCGCCGCCGCUUACUGCUAGGUCCGGCUCCUUCGUUGUUCUUGCCAGUGCUGGAGCUAGUCACUGUGAGUUUGGCAGUUUGAAUACUCCUUUGAACCCGAAAUCCUCUGUUGGUAAGCAUCUAAGUAGAGUUUUGCAGAAUUAUAGACAGCUUUUCCACGUUUCUGUUGAGGAUGAGUUGAAACGUUUGGCUGAUGAGCGUGAUGCUGCUCUUGAUCGUAUGCUGCUUUCCGCUCACUCUGAUGAAGCCUUGCUGCAUAGGAGGAUUGCACAAUUGAAGGAACAGGAGUGCCAAAUAGCAGUUCAAGAUGUCAUGUACAUGCUCAUUUUCUAUAGAUUUUCUGAAAUCAGAGUUAAUUUGGUACCCAAGCUCUCUAGAUGUGUUUAUAAUGGAAGACUAGAAAUUUUGCCAUGCAAAGACUGGGAACUGGAGUCCAUUUAUGAGUUAGAGGUACUUGAGAUGAUUAAAGAACACAUAACCACAGUGAUUGGUUUGAGGGCAGAUUCGAGUGUCACAGACAACUGGGCUAUGACGAACAUUAGACAAGCACAUCUGGGCCGUGUUUACGUGGCCUCCAUCUUAUAUGGCUACUUCUUGAAGUCUGCUAUAUUGAGGCAUCACCUGGAGCAAAGACUAGCCAUACCUAACACCCACCGUAAUGGCAGUAAUCAGAAAACUUUCCUCCAGUUCCCGGAGAUGUGUCUUUAUGGAUUUAGAAAUUUUCUCUCUGGUCGUCUUAGCAACAUGCUAUCGGUGCCCCAUAACCAAGUGUUGAGCAGCAACCAGGAGACAGAGCCAGAGAAGUUAAAGCGUUUCUUGACUGGAUUUGAUUCCGAAGCAUUGCAGAGAUGUGCAAAGCUGAAAUCUAAGGAAGCCUUGAAUCUGAUUGAGAACCAUAGUUGUGCUUUGCUAGGAAAUGAGGAAGUCGGUUUUUUCGAGAGCGAUGAGGUGAUAGUGACUUCAUUUUCAAGCUUGAAGAGAUUGGUUUUGGAGGCCGUUGCUUUUGGUUCUUUCCUUUGGGAUGCAGAGGAGUAUGUGGAUGCCAUUUAUAAGCUCAAGGAGAACUAAUCCAGAAGGUAUUUUCGUAGAUAUAAUAACCCUUUCUUUGUAUAUAGGAUGAGUUGAAGACACAUUUCCAGGAAAGUUCACCAUUGUAUAUAAUUCUCUAUAUAUAAUUUCUUAUGAAUCUGAGAUGAUGAAUUCUCUUUAGCAAUUGUUACAUGAGUUAUCAGUAGACUGUCCUGAGGCUUGAGUUAUU